GGAGCCGUGAGCCCGCGACAUGAGAGAUGAGAGCCGGCCGGUCAGCCCGCGACGACGCUGCCCACACGAAAUCCUCGAGCGCGCGACAGCCACGCCGCAACGGCACGCCCUUUCCGGUCCAUUUCCCGGACCCCGGUCGACACCACGCGCGCGCACCUCGCCGGACACGAUAAAACAAGCCGCUUUUCCCUCCUCUUCAGCGUAUACACGCGCCGCUGGUGUACCAACUCGCGUUUUGCCUUCUGAAGCCUUCUGAAGCCGAGACGCCACCUGGUUGGCUCGCUGCUGCCCGUUGCGCUCCGGCGGCAGCCAAGCCAAGUGCUCUCGCCCGCCCGCCGGAAGUCCGGCCGCGCGUGCGCGAUGACCUUCCCGCUGGUGUGCUACUGCAACGCGGUGCCCCGGCCUAUCGCCGCCGUGUUCAGGUUCCUCCACGCCACCGCGCUGGCCUUCGUGCUCAUCCUCUGCCUCCUCGGCCUCUACGAGUUCCCCUACACCCCCGAGGAGCACGCGGCGCUCAUCAGCGGCCCUCGCCGCCGUCCCAACCGGGACGGCGCGCUUCCGGAGACGGUGAAGCGGCGGCUGCCCCCCGUCGAGUUCGCCGCGCACCUGGCGGAGCGGUCCCGAUCGUCGACGUCUAAGAGGCCGGGUCGCCACGAGGACGAGGAGGAGGACGACGGCGGCGACGCGAGCACGUGCAGGGUGUGCCUGGAGCGGCUGGAGCCGACGGACGAGGUGCGGCCGCUGGGCAACUGCGCCCACGCCUUCCACAGAGGCUGCAUCGACCGGUGGAUCGACGUCGGCGAGGCGACGUGCCCGCUGUGCCGGUCCAGCCUGCUGCCUCGUCAGCGCGGGGGGCUGCUCGCCAGUGCCAGGGCCCGGUUCAGCGGCUAGUUCUCCAUCCGUACCUGCACGAGGGGCAGUUUUGUCAUUUCAGCGUCGAUGGUACUUGGUGCAGCAGGCCGAUCGCGGGCUGUUCGCGAUCAGGACGACUAACCACCGAGCAGUACCUGUGCUAAUCAAUGGGCACGCACGAAAUUAUUUGACCAACUCCUGGUGAGAAAAUAUAUGGAGCAGUACCGUCCGUGUUUAGGGAAGAGAUCGGAUCAGUGAUCACAAUAAAAGAUUGGCCCAUUGAGAAUUUGAGAUGGGCUGGCAAUGUGUCCUGCGUGUCCGUCAAGUCCAGUCCAGUCCAGUGCACUGUUCUAUCUUCUGGAAUUGUUGGGUACGAAGCUGCAUCCGUGUUGACACGUUGUUAUCGAUGAUUUAAUUUCUUAA